AUGUACCCAAGCAACAAUGCCAUUUACAUUUCAAGAAUUGCGCAGCGCGCUCUCUGCAGGCCAUCUGAGGAGCAAAUCGAGCCGACCCAGACUGUCCGUCAGUCAUCAUCGGACUUGGAUGCCGAACCGAGCCCAUGGAGUUGUUUGGGGACCCAUUAUCCCUCAAAAGUCCAAACGACCAAGGAUCGUUCGGAAGUUGCUAGAGAAGCGGCAGCGUCUAUCGAUAAAAGGCUUCCUGGACUCUUCAGACUGUUUUCUCACGGAAAGGAGAGACUCCCGCGGGAGGCCAGAGCAGCAAAUGAGUCAAUUGCCCCGAUACCGAUGAUCGUCCAAGAAGAGUGGGCAAAAAUGUGGGCAGACAUGCACAAGCAAGCGCUGGUAGUUUCGGCAAUUUUUGAGAAGCAAAAUGAGGAAUUGCGCAAGAUAGGAAGAGCAUACAAGGAUGAAGUUAGGGAAGUAGGUGAAGAAAUAGAUAUCUCACUCGUGUUUGCUAGAAAGGAAGUUUUCCAGGAAGGAAUGAGAUUGUUCGCUUCAGUGACGGGCUUGAAGCGCAGAGAAAGAAGACUUGGGACAAGCGUGAAUGGAUCGAUGGACGGGUCUAUGUAUGUCGAUUUCGCAAUGUUGCUGCCACAGUAUAACCUGCCGGUCGAGACCAAAUCCAUCGAGACGACCCAAACGGACGCUUCCUACUCAAAAGAGGUUGAGCAUCAUCAGCCCAUGCCAGCACCAACAUGGGCACUCCCUCUCUGCGGUCCUCUAUUCAACAAAUUUUCACCCAAAAACGGUACGCAAAACACGACGAGCCACAACAACCUCAAGUCCACAUCAACUCUCUGCGCGCCCUGUGUCCCCGAGAAGGACGAUUUCAUUAUCAUCGACCCACCUACCACAGAAGAUGCACCAGAGGCAGAUUCAUUACAUGCUAAGGAGCCCCUGUGCGACUUUGAGAUCCAGAACGAACCAGGAAGGAGAAAGUUCGUGAUGUACUUGACGGAAGACAUUGACGAGGCUAUUAACGCCGAGGGAAUGAUGCUUAUCGCGAGCCUUUUGGGGACUCUGAGGAACGGCGUGGUGGGGGAUGCCCCCAUCAAUUAUUCGACCCGGCGCUCGGCGAACUUGAUCAAGAUUAGAGCCGCGAGGUGGGCGGAUGAAGUGGGUAAGGAAGCGGACAAGUUGCUCAAGAAGGAGGCUGUCAAGGUAGCGAGGAUUCGGAGAAAAGCACAGGAGAACAAGGAGGUAAAUGGUGAGGAGGCGGAUAGUAACGAUGUCAAAUAGAAGGAAGGGGUUGUUCGAAAACGGUUUCUGAGAGAGGGUGCUCAAAGGUAUUUGAAAUGCUGGAGGUUGAGGAUGGAUGUUUUGCAUGGAAGGUCAGGUUGUUUUGGGUAUUGUAUCUCCAGGAGGCAAUUCCUAUCUAGGUAUGCGCGGAACAAAUUCCGAGUAGGGCGUGGAAAUCGGCGCAGUCAUUAUUUUAGUUUCUUAUGCUAUUCCCAGCUGCAUACAUGACAACUACAGCUUCUGG